AUGAACUUUGCCGACUGCUUCACUGUCCUUGGCCUGUAUGAUGAGGCCGGUCCCGCACCAAUCACUCCCGGCUUCGAGGCCUGUGGCGUUGUCGAGUCGAUCGGCUCUGACGUCACCACCCAUGCGGUGGGCGACCGCGUCAUCGGUCUCAAGCGUUUCUCUUGCUACGCGACCGUCCUAAACGUCGAGGAAGAUUUUGUCAGACCGCUCAGGGAUAACUGGUCCUUUGCUGAGGGCGCCUCCUUUCUCGCGCAGGCCUUCACUGCCUGGUACGCGCUGUGCGUCCUGGGGGCUAUGCCGAUCAGCGCGAAGGAGCAGUCCAGGCAUGUUACAUCGGCGAGACGCGCCGUGUUAGUGCAUUCGGCGGCGGGGGGUGUUGGGUUGCAGCUUGUGGAGAUGGUGAGGCACAUUGGCGGCAUCGUAGUUUGUACCGUUGGCAACGAGGAGAAGGCCAAGUUGCUGAAAGAGAGGUGUGGCAUUCCGAGGGAGAGGGUUAUUGUAAGGGGGGUGGAUGAUGCGGCGGACGGCUUGGAAAAAGUCGUAAGGGAGAGGGCCCUGGCGGGGGAGGGGGGAUUAGAUGUUGUGGUGGAUUCUGUACUAGGCCGCAAUUUUGAGCCUGGAUACAACUUGUUGAAUACCGGAGGGAGAUAUAUUGUGAUGGGUGUCGCGAGUAUGAUGCCGCGUGGCGGCCUUAAUAUCUUUCGGCCAUCCGGGUGGCGGAAUUUGAUCACUUUGGCUUUGAAUUAUCUGCGUCGCCCUAGCCUUGACUUGGCCCAAUCGAUCAACGACAACAAAACUGUAUCUGGGUUUAACGUAUCCGGACUUUUCUCAGAAAUGGAAUUGGUUAAGAGAGGGUUUAAGGAAGUAGACCAGAUGGAGUUGCCGAGGCCGCUUGUCGGGCGGAAGUUCGCUUUCGAGGACGUACGGGAAGCUAUGGUCUUCUUCCAGAGUGGAAAAAGCAAAGGCAAACUUGUCCUAGAAGUCAAUGGCGGCGAAGAGUGAAGCAUUUUAAGGUAGGUAGACUUGUAAUAAAAGCUUACGCAAGAA